AUGAUUCCCUCAAGAACUGUCGCACGCUCCCUUCCUCGAGCUGCACGGUCUGCCAAGGCCCCACGGGUCAAGCAGCUCCGCUUCCAGUCCACGAGUGCGUCGUCGUCGUCGAGCUCUGGCAAUGCUGGGGCCGGCGCGUCGCCCUUCGCCGCCGGUGUGGCUGGUGGUCUAGCAGCAGGAGGGCUGCUCUACGGUGCCUACUAUUUCAGCCCCACCGGCAAGAUGGCGAGAUCGGUCAACAAGGCCUCGAGAGAGACACAGAAGAAGUACAACGAGGCGGCCCAAAAGCUGCAGAAAAACACGCCCGACGCAGACCAGACAGUAAACUACAUCAAGGACUUCUGCUACUCCUACGUGACCUGGAUCCCUGGUGGGCGCCAGUACGUAGACACAGCAUUUGACGAUCUCGAAAAGGUCCGCAGGAACAACAAGGAGGACGCAGACCGCAUUGUCAACGAUGCCUACAAGCACUUCCAGGAGAUUUCCAAGGCAGGCCUGAGCAUGGAGAGCCUCAGGCGGAUGUACGACGCGCUGGCCGACCUUUCGGCCAAGCUGGCCGACCUCUCCACAGAUGCGUUGGGCGAUGUCCUUGACAACCACCCGCAGCUGAAGGACAAGUUUGGCGGGAGUGUCGAGCAGCUCAAGCAGAUGGGCGACCAGUACGGCCCGGAGGCCAAGAAGAAGGUCAACGAGACCUGGAAACAGGUCCGGGAGAUGGCGGCUGGCGGCCUUACGGCGUCGAACCUGGACAAGGCUCGCAAGCUUGUCGAGGAAAAGGUGCAGGAGGUGCAGAAGCUCGGGGACGAGGCGUGGAAGAAGGGCCUGGAGCAAGCCAAGCCUUACCUGGACAAGAGCCCGCAGGUCAAGGAGCUGGUGGAGAAGAACGCCGAUGCACUCAAGCAGGGCAACGCCAAAGAGCUGUUUGAGCGGGCCAGGACCGCGGUGGAGUCGGGCAAGACAGACGACCUGGAAGGCUACGUCAACCAGGCGGUGGAGAAGGCCAAGUCCAAGGGCUCGCAGCUCGCUGGGGGGGGCGGCCUGGAGCAGUACAUCGGGCAGAUCCCCAACGGCAGCGAGAUCCUGUCCAAGCUCCAGCAGCUGAGGGAGGUGGCCGAGAAGCACACGGACGAGAGCGAGAGGCUGGUCAAGGAGACGAUGGAGGAGCUCAAGAAGGUGCUCGAGAACAAAUCAGCCCAGGCCGAAGACAUCCUCAAGAAGGCCAGGCAGGAGUCCAAAUAG